AUGAUAAAAAAAACUGUGCAGCUGCGCACAUUGAUUAUAGACAAGGCGAUACCGCCAUUGUUGCGGCCUCUAGAGACCGACGGAAAGAGCGUUUCAGCCUGCUUGGUGUAUGGCGAUCUUUGGGAUGGCAAUACUGGGGUUGACAGAGAGCAGGCUUCACACGACAACUUACGACUCCCUUCCUAG